AUGGCAACCAACACAGACACUGUCGUCCUUUUUGUGGUGGGAACCUUAGCUGCCACGUUUCUCUUGUACAGCUCCGGGCUGGUCAUAUUCCGCCUCUGCUUUUCGCCUCUUUCGCAGUUUCCCGGGCCGAAGCUAGCAGCAGCAACAGCGUGGUAUGAAACGCUCGUCGACAUUACGAGCAAUAACUUCCAUGAGAUCCUGAUGGACAUGCACAAGCAAUAUGGGCCAAUCAUCCGAUGCUCGCCAUGGGAGAUAUCGAUCAACGACGCAGAGUACUACACUAAGCUAUACGUCCCCGCCGGUAUUCGCCAUACAAAUUCCAUGGUCCAGCGGUUUGGUUUCGGACUAGAAAGUGAGUCACUCUACAGUGCUGUCAUUCCAUCGUCAGUCCUAAAUCAUAAAGACACCAUCGCGACCACAAGCGACCACGACCUCCACCAGCUCCGGCGGCGGCCCCUGGAGAAAUACUUAUCCCGCCAGGGCAUCAUGCAGGCUGAAGCUGUAAUUCACGAGAAGACGCGGCUCCUCGACGAAAGACUCAGCGCCAUGCGGGGCACGGGCUCCGUCGUGCGUCUAGACCAGGCCUACUCUGCGUAUCUAGGUGACAUUACAAUUGAGCUCACGGUGGGGGAGUCUUCGCGGAUGCUGGAAGAGGCUGACUUUGCGCCUGAGUGGUACUACGUAUUUCCCAGCCAGCGUUGUUGUAAAAGGAUGGCUGCUGAUACCCAUAGACUCCUGAAGAUGAUCCCAAUGGGCCUUAUUCGUAGCGCGUAUCCCCGCAUAGCCGCGUUUAAGAUGUGGGAUGUGCUUGGCCGCGACAAAGUCGACAACAUCAAGUCUGACUUAGCUGAAGAAGUCGUCCCACAGAAGUUCUCAUUCUUCCAUACCCUUAUCAGGAGCGAUCUACCCGCGUUCGAGAAGCAUGCGAGCAGGUUGUCUGCAGAGGCUGUGGGUGUGUUCGGGGGCGGGACAAUUAACCCAACUUCUGCGCUAGCCUUCAUGACUUUCCACAUAUUGAAUGACGCGCAAAUACACAGGCGUCUACAGGAAAGUCUGACCGAGAUCAUGAAUGAAUUCCCGCAAAAGUCGCCGACCUGGAUCGAGCUUGAGCAAGUCCCCUACCUCGCGGCGUGUGUUAAGGAAGGGCUUCGCAUGAGUUGUCAGUUCAGAAGAAGCGCUCGCGUAGCGCCCCAUACCGAGCUGCACUACAAGGAGUGGGUAAUCCCAAAGAAUACGGCUGUAGCCAUGGCGAUAUACAACAUGCACUACGACUCGGAUGUCUUCCCUGAUCCGUUCGCUUUCAAGCCAGGGCGCUGGUUAGGAGACAUCGAUCCUCGCAUGAACCGGCAUUUCGCGCCUUGGGGAAAGGGCUCGCGGGACUGCCCGGGCAAGAACCUCGCCUCUGCCGAGAUGUAUGUCUGCCUGGGAACGCUAUUUCGUCCAGGAGGACCAUUUAGCGCUCAAGUGGCGCUCAAGGAUUGCGAUGAGACGGACUUUGCCUUGCUUCGCGAGAGCGAGUUUGGUGUUUUCCCAUACAGUAGCAGAGGUCUGGGCGUCUCAUUCGAUUGA